UCACCUCUUUGUUUGAUAGGUAUCUCAUUUUCACUAAUGAUAACUCAGGUUGUUAAAAACUAAGUGGGUUUUUCUAUUCGAAUCGUGGUUUUGCUAGUUAUCAGUGAUAGGGUUUCCAAGACAACUAAAGUGAUCGGAGCACUUAACUAUUGCAGUCGGCCGAAAAAUGGUAUCUACUUAAGUUAAUUAUUGAAGGUGACAAAUGACUUGUAAUAUGUCAGUGAUGUGUUGAAUGUUUUCUGCAAACUAGUUGGUGAUAUAUGUCAGUCAACCGCUUCUGUUUGUUUUAGCAGAUAACUUGCCAGCAUAACACUUAUGCUAUUAAUAAUAGUGAUGUGAACAUGUUUCCGGUUGUUUCCCAAUUGUUUUAAGAUGGCUAUUAUAAUUCCGAGGACAGGGUCAUAUCUUACACUAUUUACCCGCUCUUUGUGCAGCAAUUUUCGUAGAUGCUCUUCCGUCAGCAAUACAUAUCUACCUGCUCCAAGGACUCAGAUUUAUUCCCAUUUUGAACAAGUGUCUCAAAUGUCAUCAAUUAUUGGCAAAUUUAUAACCUAUUCUGAAAAUGAGUUUUCCCUUUUCAUAGAACCAUUUCUCAAAGUCGAGUUAGUAGAAGAACUUAAAACCUUUGGUGACCUGUCACUUUUGAUUCGGAAACCAACAAUUAACAUGAUUAAGGACGUAAUUAACAUUCGAGAUUUACAGAAAGAAAGUUUCAAAAAGGAACCUGACUCCUCUAAAUCCGUCGCACUAGCUAAAUACUGUGUUCCACGCUUUGUACUUUAUGGCCAACCGGGGACUGGUGUUUCAGUCAUUUUGGGACAAAUUAUGUGUUUCGCCGGUAGAGAAAAAUGGCUUAUAUUUCCGUUCACAAGUUGUGAAAAUUUUCUGGAACCAUCAAAUGACAUUGCUCCUAGCAAUGAGUAUCACUAUAAUCAACAUCGUGAGAAUUUUGCGGGUGAUGCUUUUGAUUUCCCAGCUCGUUCUGCUGAAUGGCUUAAAGUCUUUUUACAACUUAACCGACCAUUGUUUGAAAAGUUAAAACCAGUUGUAUCUCGACAAGUAGAAUGGACCAAAAAAGACAUAAUGCCCGAAGGAACAUCCUGGGUAGAUUUAAUAAAUUUUGGCAUCGCCAGGACCAAAUACGCAACGGAUUGUAUUGGAAUUUUAUUAAGAGAGAUGCGUCUACUAUCAUCUACUCCUGAUGGCCCUCCUUGUUUAUUGGUCAUCGAUGGUGUAAAUUUCCUGUGGUGUCGCGGUACUUUAUUAAAGGAUAAAACUCUUUCGGUUAAUGUUACUACUGAUCGGUUGGCAAUUGUACAUCAUUUGAAACGUGCACUGAGGGGAGACUGGCGUCAUGGUGUCAUAGUUACCUCUACAAAUAUUCGGGCGGCUUGGCCUACAGAUAGGGAACAAUAUACUCCUGGUUAUCUAUUGGGGAAAUCCGGUUUCGAAUAUAUGGAUCCAUUCAUUCCUGUUCACGUUGAAAAUUACACCCCAACAGAAAUUAAUGCCUUAUUAAGAUUUUAUGCAGAGAAUAAUUGGCUUACAAAUCCCGCCGCUUUUACACCAAACGGACAAGCUGAAUUAAUAUUUUUGUCUGAUUACAAUCCUCUGGAACUUAGCCGUUUAGCUGCUGAAUGGUAGACUAAUUGUAUCCUUAGAAUAUUAACUGAGUUGAAAAUUAUUAACCUUUUGUCUGUAUAUUUAAAAGACUAAAUAACAGUAAUCUCUGUCCUCUGUUAAAUUGGAUAUUGUAAAUAUCAGUGAAAUAAUCCUUUAAAUCUUUUGUACAGUUUCAGCUUUCUGAUAUUUAGUAAAAAAAAAUAAAGUAUUUUGAUGCG